AUGGGCGAUGAGGAUGGCAAGACGCACGCCCACGCCAGGACGGACGAGCUCUUCCACCAGGUGCUGGGCGUGCAAGGUGUGCGGCGCAGCAACGGCACGCUGCGGCAAGGCGACGACGUCCUGUCUGAUGCCCACCGCGGCUGCGCGACAGGGACGGCCCUGACGAACUGGAGGCCGCUAAAAGAGGACGACGAGCUGGGCACUGAGGAUGGCAAAGACGACGGGGAGGGAGAUGAGAGAGAGGAGUACGAGGACGGCGGUAAGGCUGGCAUCAAGCGGGAGAGCCUUCACGCUGGCGUGUUGCCAGCUCUGUUCUUCACGCGCGCGUACACUGCGGGAUCCUCCUUCGCAGUCAAGGCCUCAACAUAUCUUAUGUUUAUACGAGUACACUGUGAAUGGAGGUGGGCGUUGUCACGCAGCAAUGCCCCCAUCGUACUUUCACAGUUAACACUUUCUAUGCUUAUAAAAGCGCUCUUCGCUCCGCUCCUUCUUCCUUUUCCUCUACACCCACGGAGAACUCAGCGAACACUCACGAAAGUCAGCUUCACUGGUACCAGAUCUGCAGCCUCACUCACUCGACAAGAAAACAUGACUGCUGCUACGAAAGCCAAGCUUUGGGCUUGCAUCGACUCCCUCGAUGACAAGAAGCUCGAGGGUGGAAACUACAUGCGCGGCUCUCGUAAGAGCAGCACUGUAGACAGUUCAGAAAUGGACUACCACCUCGAUAGGGAACACACUAUCACGAGGGCUGUCGACGACGGAGAGUUUAAAGCCGGUGUCACCUACUAUCAGGUCUCGCUGCAAGCUAAAAAGGGACGAACCGGAAAGGGUAGCAAGCGAAGCAAGGCUACCGACAAGAAAGGGCAUAGUAAUGCAAAGGAUAUCAGAAGCAGCGGUACUGGUAGCACCUAUGCUACCAUCUUCGUCUCCAGCGCCUUGGAGAACAAGCCCCCGCCCGCUGCUAUGGUCAAGGCUGCGCUAAAGUCGUCCUGCGCGGAUGUCGAUGAGAAGGAGAUGAAGAACGGAAUACUUCAAGUCCCUGUUCACAACUGCGUCAUCCAGGGUGACAGAACCUGGAAGAACGCGCACACUGGAGUCGGUGGUAAGGAGGCUGACUACGCCUGA